CCAAUAGGCAAACAAAAAAACACAAAAAAAUAAAUAAAUAUUGAUUCCCUGGAAGACCAGAAAGAAAACUGGUUCUUUCUGGGAUCUAAGGGGUUUUAUUUUUAUUUUUUUCUAAAUCUUCAUGUGGAUUAUCAAAUUUGUUAAUGUGUUCCUAUUGAUGUCCUAUCUUGAAAAUUUCAUCAUUAAAUUUGGCAACAGUAAGAACAUAUUUGGAUCAAUCCCGGAGAACAUUAACCCCAAAAAGACGAAUAUUGUGGUGUUCUGACAACGGCCUAUCAAACAAGAACUUGAUGAGCGAAAUCCGCUGACAUAAAAAAAAGAGGGAAAUUCAUUUUUGAUGAUUGUUGUGAAUAUUAGGUAUGACAUUGGGUAAGAAGAAGAAAAUGAAAAUGAAGAUGAAUUGCUUCACAUGUUGUGUGACAAAUGAGGAAAACCUUCAAAAAAAGACUUUGAAAAAGAGCAAUCAAGAACACAAAAACAACAAAUCUCAAUCUUCCUUUGACAAUCUUUCUUUUAGAACUGAUAGCAGCAGACGGAAGUACAUAGCAGAAGAAAUAGCAAAACUUGGAAAAGGCAACAUUUCUGCUGAAAUCUUCUCAUACCUGGAGUUGAAGCUUGCCACUCAAAACUUCAACAACGAUCGUUUGCUUGGUGAAGGUGGCUUUGGAAGAGUGUACAAGGGCCACAUUGAAAGCAAGAAUCUAGAUGUUGCAGUGAAGCAACUUGACAGGAAUGGUUUCCAAGGAACUAGAGAGUUUCUUGUGGAGGUUCUGAUAUUGAGUCUUCUUCAUCAUCCUAAUCUUGUCAAUUUGGUAGGAUAUUGUUCAGAUGGUGACCAAAGAAUACUAGUAUAUGAAUACAUGGCAAAUGGUUCACUUGAAGAUCACCUUCUUGAAAUUGGUCCGGGUAAAAAACCACUUGAUUGGGAUACAAGGAUGAGAAUUGCAGAAGGAGCAGCAAAAGGACUUGAAUACUUGCAUGAAAAAGCUAAUCCUCCGGUGAUUUACCGUGAUUUUAAAGCAUCUAAUAUACUUCUAGAUGAGAACUUCAAUCCAAAGCUCUCUGAUUUUGGACUUGCCAAGCUAGGUCCAACUGGUGAUAAGAGUCAUGUGUCUACUAGGGUCAUGGGAACCUAUGGUUAUUGUGCACCUGAGUAUGCUUCAACGGGACAAUUGACCUCGAAAUCCGACGUUUAUAGCUUUGGAGUAGUAUUUUUGGAGAUGAUCACAGGAAGAAGAGUCAUUGACACCUCAAAACCAAGUGAAGAACAGAAUCUUGUUCUGUGGGCACAACCAUUGUUCAGAAACAAGAAAAAGUUUCACUUAAUGGUGGAUCCAUUGCUGGAAGGGAACUAUCCAAGAAAGGGUCUAUACCAAGCUCUAGCAAUUGCAGCAAUGUGCCUGCAACAGGAAGCCAGUGUUCGUCCGUUGAUCAGCGAUGUAGUUACUGCUUUGGCAUAUCUAUCGGGAAACAAGAAAAAGGAGAAGGACGAGGAUGAUGAUGAUGAAGCUGGAGAAGACACUUCAAAAUCCCCAUUGCAAACAGAUAACAUUGAAACUAAUGAAGCUAAUGUUGAUACAUCAAAAAACUAAAGCCUUCUAAGCAUUAUCAACACUUUUUUCUAGUGAAGUUUCUUCAGAUUUUGUACAUUGUGUUAACAAUUUUAUAAGGCAAAUGUAUAUAUAAUGCAUAUAGAUGACUAAAGUCAUGUAGCUUUUCAAGUCUA